ACAGAGGGCGGUUUAAUGCUCCAAUGUGUGAUGAGGUAGCUGUGCUUAUGGUCACAGAAGAACAUGGAAAGAGAGACAUUGUCCUUCGUAAGUCUGAUGGCAGCCUUACAAGAAUAGCUGAAACUCAUCGCAGCUAUGAUGCUUUGCAGUAUCCUCUCAUACUUCCACAUGGAGAUGAUGGAUACUAUUUUCCUGACCAACCAGUCCCAAACCAGUACAAAGUAUCUGCGAUGAAACAUUAUGCGUAUCGACUGAUGAUGCGAGGUGGUGCAGACUUUAACAUCUUGCUACGGUGUCAGAGACUGAUGCAACAAUAUGUUGUUGACAUGUACGCCAAAAUAGAGACCGAACGGCUGUGCUUCCUUCGGCGAGAGCAAACAAAACUUCGAGCUGAACAAUAUGGUGAGUUGAGAGAUGCACUUCUGGCAAGUGAUGGAGAUCCAACAAACAUCGGUAAGACGGUGAUCUUACCUAGCUCCUAUACUGGAGGACCACGGUACAUGCAUGAACGUACACAGGAUGCCAUGUGCUAUGUUAGAAAGUUUGGUAGGCCUUCUCUUUUUAUCACAAUGACGUGCAAUCCCGGCUGGAAAGAAAUCACUGAUGAACUGCUGCCCAUGCAGACAGCACAACAUCGUCCAGACCUAAUUGCACGUGUCUUUAACCUAAAAAGAAAGGAACUCAUCAAACAGUUGACCAAGCACUGCAUCUUCGGCAAGACUAUUGCAUACCUGUGUUCCAUUGAAUGGCAGAAACGUGGUCUGCCACAUGCUCAUAUUUUAGUUUGGUUAACUGCAGAGCACAGCAUUCAUGCUGAUGACAUCGAUGCCGCUAUUUCCGCUGAGUUGCCUGACCCUAACUCUGACAAGGUGCUGUUUGAUAUAGUCAUGACAAACAUGAUUCAUGGUCCUUGCGGUCGCAUGGACAAGCACUCACCCUGCAUGCGAGAUGGAGCAUGCACGAAACGUUACCCGAAAGAGUUUAAAAGUGAUACUCAGAGCGGCCAUGAUGGUUAUCCAUUAUAUCGACGACGUAAACCCGAUGAUUGUGGCCAUCAAGGAAUAAAGAAGAUCAAAGGUAACGAUGUCUGUAUAGACAAUCGAUGGGUAGUACCUUACUCUCCCUACCUCUGCCGAAUGUUUGCCUGUCAUAUCAACGUAGAGCUUUGUACAAGUGUCAAGUCUAUCAAGUAUGUCCUAAAGUAUGUCAACAAGGGCAGGGACAUGGCAGUUUUUUCGCUAGAAAAAAACCAACCUAUCGAUGAAAUAGAUCUGUACCAGACAGCAAGAUACGUCAGUUGCAGUGAAGCUUGCUGGAGAAUACUGAACUUUACCAUUCACGAUCGUCAUCCAGCAGUGACAAACCUUCAUGUCCACCUACUAAAUGGGCAGAGGGUUGUUUACAAUGAUCAAAAUGCUGUUGCUCUUGCUCAACGUCCACCUAAAACCACGUUGACAGCUUUUUUUGAUCUCUGCGCUCGGUAUCGUCCAGAUCUUGACCAGCUUGCUACGCCCGACCAGAGGUUUGUUCAAAAUUUGCUUUAUGUAAAUGUGCCCGAGUACUUUACAUUUCAUUCAGGCACCAAAACCUGGAACCCUCGAAGGCUUGGCACAGCUGUUUACAGUGAUGGUCAAAUAACUUCAUUUAAAAAAAGUGAGGUCAUUGGUCGAGUGUACGCCGUGCAUCCUAAGCAACAGGAAUGCUUCUUUUUACGCCUUCUGCUUCACCAUAAGCGGGGACCUUGCUCUUUUGAUGACUUGCUUACGAUUGAUGCACGAAAGUGCCAGACUUUUCGCGAAGCAUGUAACUGCAUGGGUUUGUUGGAAGAAGACUUGCAUUGGGCCAUGGCCAUGCAAGAGGCAGCCAUGCGAGCCGGAGCAUCUACACUACGUGCUCUGUUUGCUGUUAUAUUGACCACGUGUGAUGUUGCUGACCCUCUUGCCAUAUGGUCUGCAUAUCGAAAUGAUAUGACUGAUGACAUACUGCAUCAGUGUAGGAGGGAAGCUCGACAGCCUGACAUGGACUAUAGUGAUGAUAUGUACAACGAGUGUCUCUUUCGACUACAGGAAUUAGUACAGCAGAUGAGUGGACAGAAACUUGAAGAGUACGGACUGCCGCCUGUAAACAGGGGACAUGAAGACAGACUGACAGUUGACCUACUUAGAGAAAAAUCUUAUGACAGAGAAGCACUGCAACAAUUUGUAGACGAAAAUGAAACGAAUUUGACGAUUGACCAACGCAACAUUGACCUUCGCAUUACAGAUAUGGUGGACCAUGGGCAAGGAGGGAUUAUUUUUAUUGAUGCCCCAGGUGGCACAGGUAAAACCUACCUGAUUAACCUUUCCCUGGCACGCCUCAGAUCAAGAGGAUUUGUCGCCCUUGCUGUCGCCAGCAGUGGCAUUGCGGCACAGCUACUAUCAAAUGGGAAGACAGCACAUUCGACAUUCAAGAUACCGCUUAAUCUCAUGACCACAGACCUUCCUAUGUGCAACCUCAAGCGAGGUUCAUCAAAGGCUACACUCCUACAGGAAUGUGCCGUUAUAUUUUGGGACGAGGCAACCAUGGCUAACAAACUAGCUUUUGAGGCUUUAGAUCGCACAUUACAAGACCUAAGGCAGUCCUCAAGACCAUUUGGCGGUAUCUUAGUUGUCCUGUCUGGGGACUUUCGUCAGACAUUACCAGUCAUUCGAGGAGGUACACGUGCCAAUGAAAUUGAUGCCUGCAUCAAGUCAUCACAUUUAUGGCAACACGUAGAAACACAUUCUUUGACAACUAACAUGAGAGCUUAUCUCUACGGUGACGCCAACGCUGCUGAGUUUGCAAGUCUCUUGCUGCGAGUUGGGAACGGUCAUAUACCGGUAGUUGAAGGACGUCAUACCAUCUUCAUUCCAGAAGAUCUUGGCACAGUUACCGACUCUCCUCAGACCUUGAUAGAGCGAGUGUACCCAAACUUGCAACAUCACUACCAAGACUUCGAAUGGCUAAUGCAACGAGCUAUUCUCGCACCACACAAUGUCUCCAUUCGUGAUAUUAACUGGGAGAUGCUUCAGCUGUUUCCUGGAGAGAUAAAGAUCUAUAAAUCAAUUGAUACGGUCAGAGAUGAUGAUGCAGUACACUAUCCCUCGGAGUUUCUUAACUCCCUGGAACCUGCUGGUAUGCCUCCUCAUAAACUGGCUCUAAAGGUGGGAAUUCCUCUAAUGGUUGUUCGAAAUCUGGCUCCUGGGAUUGCAAACGGCACACGUCUUAUACUAAAGAGAAUGAUGAACAACUGUCUGGAAGCAACUAUUGCUACUGGACCGCAUAAAGGCCAGGACGUGUAUCUGCCAAAGAUACCACUAAUUCCCAGUGAUACUGGACUACCAUUUGAAUUCAAACGACUUCAGUUUCCAGUUAAGGUCUGCUUUGCUAUGACUAUUAACAAGGCACAAGGGCAGACCUUAGCUGUGGCAGGGCUAGAUCUACACGAGCCAUCCUUUAGCCAUGGACAGCUUUAUGUUGGCAUUUCUAGAGUUGCCUCCAAACAUGGACUAACUUUCUUGGCAAAAGAAGGAAAAACCAAAAACGUAGUGUACCAGGAAGUGCUGUCGACAAGAUGAUCAUCUUUAUAUUCACUGCAGGCAUUCAUGGCCAACAUCACCUAUGAUGCUGGCCAACAGCGACUGAACCAGGGUUAGCUUAGAAGAGGUUGACUGUUAAUAGGUCAAUUAGAUAAACAUUAAUGACUAACGACUAAACAGACAAAACACUACAAUAAUGCACUAAAAGUUAGGUAGACAAUAUGUAUCACACAGCAACAAACAGGACAAAGUAGACCGUUUUGGCGGCUGCAGCAGCUGGUGAUGCAUCAAUUUCUCAAAGAGACCUAUGCUGAAGACAUCAAGCAGGGAUGAUAACCAACACUCUAGACCAGAGAGUUUGGAAAUCUACAAAGAUCUCUCUAUACAAACUGUACGUGACUUGGCUACACCCCCUCUGCCUCUCCAACCAUCAAACGCAUUUCUAGAUACUUUCUGCUGUAAUCUCUACCUAUAAAAGCGACUUGACUGUCUGUUUGUGUGUUUUUCUGUACUGUCUGUCUGUCAUUAAUAGCAAACAGUGUCUGCAAAUCAAUAAUUUGUGUGAUUAAACUAUUACCCGGGUGUUGUCCCCCGGGUGUUGUCCCCCGGGCGAAGCCGGGCAUUGGAGCUUGUAAU